AUGGCAAAUAGAGCCAUAGUAAGAGGCGUCAGCCAGACCCAUCUGCAGUUUGACUGGCUUCCCUCUGCCAGGUCAUAUGCCUGUGAAGAGCCCAUUUGCCGUGUGCAGAGCCAAAACAGCCAUGACAAUGCCGGCUUGUGGAGUUCUUCAGCGUGCCCGAAGCGAAAGCAGAUGUAUGCGUUUGUGUAUGAUCACCGCAUGAACAUCACGCUCAACGCCGAGCACCCCUCUUUGGCUGUUGGGGCACACCCAGAUGACAACGACCGCUUCAUUUCUCUUCUUCUUCUUUUUCCUCUUCCUCUUCCUCUUCCUGUUCUGCUCCUCUUGCUUUCGCUCUAUAUUUGUUGCAAAUACCAUGCAGCUUCCAAGCAUGCGCAUAAACAUCCUCUGAACGGACCGGAUAACAUCCCAGAAGCUGAUUUCUGGAGACCUGUUCAUCCAGCUUUCGUCGGAUCUCACUUAAAUCCAAACCCUCAUUUGUUUCUUCUUGCCUUAUGCCCUCUUCAUGCGAUAUCACCUUCGAGUCUACUUUGUCCUCUAGCUCCAAAGAGCCAGAAGAUAGCUAUUUUCCUGCUCCUCGACAAACCGGCUUUCAAAAUCAUCUCCUAA